UUUCCUUCUUCUUCCCACAAUCAUCAACCAGAGCACGGCGCUACGACCGUUUAUUCUUAUUUAACAAAAAAUAAACGUAUCUAAAAUGGCUUUCGGUGACGUUAAGACCCCCCAAGGACUCAAGGAGUUGAACAACUUCCUGGCCGACAACAGCUACAUCAGCGGGUACGCACCAAGCAAGGCCGAUCUGUCUGUGUUCGAUGCUCUGGGCAAGGCUCCGGCUGGAGACUUUGUGAACGUUGCCCGUUGGUACCGUCACAUCGCCUCCUUCGAGGCUGCAGAGCGCUCCGCAUGGACUGGAGCUCCUCUGCCCCAGCUGGCUGGUGGUAAGCCCACCGUGGCCGCUCCGGCUAAGCCAGCUGCUGAUGAUGAUGAUGAUGUCGAUCUGUUCGGAUCCGACGACGAGGAGGAUGCCGAGGCCGAGCGCAUCAAGCAGGAGCGUGUGGCCGCCUACGCCGCCAAGAAGUCCAAGAAGCCCGCCCUUAUUGCCAAGUCCUCUGUGCUCCUCGAUGUCAAGCCCUGGGAUGACGAGACCGACAUGAAGGAGAUGGAGAACAACGUCCGCACCAUCGAGAUGGACGGUCUGCUGUGGGGUGCUUCCAAGCUGGUGCCUGUUGGCUACGGCAUCAACAAGUUGCAGAUCAUGUGCGUCAUCGAGGAUGACAAGGUGUCCAUUGAUCUGCUGCAGGAAAAGAUUGAGGAGUUCGAGGACUUUGUUCAGUCUGUCGACAUUGCUGCCUUCAACAAGAUCUAAACACUGAGAUUCAUAUAUUUUGAAUAAAUUCAAUUGAGCAGAGUAACAAUAUAAAAGAU